UUUAAAUUUUUAUUAUUAGUUUAGUAACCCGUUUGUUAGCUAUCGAUAUCAUCGAUAAAUAUACUUGUCAAAGUUCAUCGCUAAAUACAUACUUGCUUGCUCUUGUUGUGUAACUGAAACGCGUAUUUUUAUAAUAAACGCCCACAAUGUCCGCCUCUGCUGCCCGUGGUUCGACAUCGCUGUUAAAGCGUGCCUGGAACGAAAUUCCCGACAUUGUUGGCGGCUCUGCUUUGGCUCUUGCUGGCAUUGUUAUGGCUGGUAUUGGUUUGGCCAAUUACUACUCCAAGGAUGGUGACAAUCGUCGAUAUAAGAUGGGCUAUGUCGUCUACCGUGACGACGAUCCCCGCGCCCAGAAAGUCCACAACGACGAAGAUGAUUAAAGCAGCAAAAUCUGUGAAUACUCAUAGUUUUUUUCAACCUGUUUUUUUUUCAAUCUUUCGCGCUGCCGCAAUAUAACUAGUAAAUAGUAAAAACAAA